AUGCAAUUCACAACACCUGAACUAUCAUACAAAGCGUACGGUUAUAAGAACAGUAACAGUCCUGUUGUUCAAUUCACCAAACAGCUCAAAUUGGUACCAUCUCCUUCAACCCUGGAAGGCGGCACACCUACCUAUGUUAUCCCUGAUGAUAAAAUCCUAAUCAAAAUUCAUUAUGCAGCAUUAAACCCUGUCGAUAUCAAAUUGCGUCAAGUAGCCUUCCCUUUGUUAGCUUAUUUCUCGCGCGCUGGUCCUUAUAUUGGAAUUGGAAGAGAUUUCUCGGGGGAGGUUGUUUCUGUUGGAUCCAAAAUCACAAAUGUUAAGGUUGGGGAAUUCAUUCAAGGUUUCUAUCCUGGAACAUUCGCAGAUGGGACAGUCGGAGAGUAUUUCCUGGUCCUGCCUUCUGAACUUGUAUUCCACCCAAUUCCAUCCAAUAUCACCCCGUUGCAAGCCGCUGCAUGGCCUUUGGUUUUUGGAACUGCGAUAACAUUAGCUAGCGGAUUGGAACUAGAAGGGAAGAAGAUUCUCGUGUUAGGUGGAGGGACCACGGUUGGGAGGUUCCUUACUCAGAUCUUGCAUAUUGAGAAGGCCAAAGAAGUGGUGGUAACCUGUUCACAAUCAUCUCGUGAAAUUUUGACUAAAUACGGUGCUACUUCUAUUAUCGACUAUAAAGCCCAUAAAAACAUUGCAAAUCCUGUUUUGGAAUCUGUUAAAGAAACUGGCGAAUUUGAUCAUAUUAUUGACUGUUGGGGAGGGAAUGAAUUGUUUAAACAUAUGAAUACUAUCAUAAAACGAGGUGGUUAUUAUAAAACAAUUGUAGGAGACUACUCCGGUAGCAGUGGUGGAGUGCUCAUGUGCGCGACGUUUAUGGGAUUUUAUAGGAUGACUAUGUCGAAAUUGAACUUGUCGAGAUAUAAGUAUUGGUUAGGCUUGCUUCCCAAUGAUCCUACCUGGAUGGAGAAAGGAUGUAAAUAUAUUGAAGAUGGUGGAAUUGACAUUCCGAUUGAUCAUAUCUAUAACUUUGAUGAGUUUGAUAAGGCACUUGAGAAGUUAGAGGAGCAUUCUGCAAAAGGAAAGCUUGUAGUUAAGGUUAUUGGAGAUUGA